UGUGGGAGCGGCAGAGAGAGAGAGAGAGCGAGAGAGCAGUGGAGAGAGAUCGCUAUCAACUGAAUUCAUCACUGUAAACACGUCCCAGGGGUUUAAAGGGGAAAAGGCAAGUCUUACAUUAGGUAUAAACAAUCAGAUCUGAGACAUUAUUACUGGAGUAUCAGACAGCAAUCACUGGAAACACACGCAUGAUGUUUGGGACACACACGGGGAGUAGGAGCAAUACGUCUCCAUAGUUUUUGCCUAAUGUAAUCCUAAUCUCCAGAAGGAACACGCAGCAGAGGAAAAGGACUAGAGAGUGAUUCCUGUGUUGAAAGCUGCAGACGCAGAACUGAGACGCGGCAGUGUGAGGCUUGCAGAACCGUCCCCUGGACUGAGCAAGAAUGCUGCUAAUAAACCGCGAAGCUGGUCCGCAGCACAGAGCAAGCUCGUCUCUGCCAAGUAGAUCACUGCUGAAACAGUGGGAUGUUUUACGCCUUCUGGACGCAUAAAUUGUUUUCUUGAAAAGCAAGAUUUAAUAUAAAGUUUCCAAGGAUGCAAUAUGAAGAGGAUUAAAACACAAUUUAAGGUCUUUGGAUCCAAAUGUCAAAUCCAAAGGAGGCAACUUCUGUCAGGGAUCAGCAGUGUGUGACGAGAGAGCGAGUGAAAGAGAGGGAGUCCUGCAUGAUAAACCUGCUGAGUAUUUCUGAUGUCUCUCUGUGCUGCUUGAUUUUAAAUUGGCCCUUGCCUGGCUGAAAGCAAAAUGUGAUGAGCUGUGCUAUCAUCUGAUAUCCAAGCAUGGAUGGAGGCAGCCAGAAGAGCGCCGCAAGUUAAUGAGACCAUUGCUCUUGUAUUGGGAGCUUAGGACAAGCAAUUAUAGAAGGAUUACCCCGACAUCUUCUAUAAAGCAAACCUGCCAGAGAAGUAAGCAUCAACGAGAACUGUUAAAGACAUUCUGUUUAGUGGAUUUCUUUGUUUUUUAUUCUUUUACCUUUUUUUAAAAAAGAGAUGGAGUUACAGAAUCGACUAUGGAAUAAAGACUGGGCACCAUUUUUUAAAUCCUGGAUAACCAUAUUAUUGGGCCUCCAUGUACAGUUUUAUAGGGCUGCUUCUUGUCCAGAGCAAUGCCGCUGCGAUAAAGGUUUCAUUUACUGCAACGAGCGGAGCCUGACAUCAGUGCCUCACGGAAUACAGGAGGGUUACAAGACUCUCUACCUCCACAACAACCAAAUCAACAAUGCUGGAUUCCCGGUUGAGCUGCACAAUAUUGUUUCUGUGGAAACAGUAUUCCUAUAUGGUAACCAGUUGGAUGAGUUUCCUUUAAACCUUCCCAAAAAUGUGCGUGUUCUCCACCUACAGGAGAAUAAUAUUCAAACUGUCUCCCGGGCAGCUCUUGCUCCAUUGUCUAAACUACAAGAGUUGCACUUGGAUGAUAACUCCAUCUCUACUGUUGGAGUUGAGGAGGCUGCCUUCAGGGAAGCCAUUAGCCUUAAACUCUUAUUUUUGACAAAAAACCACUUAAGCAGUGUGCCAAUUGGGCUACCACUGGACCUCAAAGAGCUCCGGCUUGAUGAAAACCGAAUUGCCACCAUCUCUAAGGAAGCUUUCAUGAAUGUCACGCAACUUGAACGCUUAAUUCUAGAUGGGAAUCUUCUGACUAAUGAGGGGAUUGCAAACGGAACCUUUCAGCAUUUGGUAAAGCUGACAGAGCUCUCCAUGUCUCGUAACUCACUAACCAGUCCUCCGUCUGACUUCCCUGGAGACUUUUUAGUCAAACUCAGCUUGCAGGAUAAUCAAAUGAGUGAGAUACCUGUGGCAGCCUUUUCCAAUCUGCGCCACCUACAGAAACUGGAUAUUUCAAACAACCAGCUGCAGUUUCUGACAGAGGGGGUUUUUGAUGGACUUACAAGCUUGAAACAACUCACUGUUCGAAACAACUUAUGGUACUGUGACUGCAACAUUAAAUGGGUGAUUGAGUGGUUAAAAUCUUUGCCGGCGUCUAUAAAUGUACGUGGAUUUAUGUGUCAAAAGCCUGAAAGAGUACGGGGCAUGGUAAUCAGAGAGCUUAACCUGAAUCUCAUCACUUGCCCCAGCUCUACAGCCUCGUCUCCACCAGUUACUCGUUCACCCACACAGCCUUUGCCUUCAACUGUUGCUACCAACCCUGCAUCUGCAUCUACUAUUAUGACUCCAGGCACUUUUGAUAGAGCCCCAACUUCACCUUCAUCUACAUUGUCCACUCUGCCUGAAGGAGACAAUAAAGAGAGGACUAACCCUCCUCCACGGGAUCCAAUCCAAAUCAUUAUUAAUUUUGUAAAUGACACGUGCAUUAAAGUUAGCUGGAUGUCCAUCUUUUCAGUCACAGUGUACAAGGUCACUUGGGUUAAAAUGGGUCAAAGCUUGACAGGAGAUGUUGCGCAGGAGAAUGUGGUCAGUGGGAAAGAGAAGAGGCUAAGCCUUGUAAACUUGAAGCCAAAAUCCACUUAUCGCAUUUGUAUAAUCCCUCUAGAUGCUUCUAAUAACUACCUUCCUGGAGAUGAUACAGUAUGCUCUGAGGCUACCACUAUGCCUGCUACUUUUAACACUAACAAUAAGGCCACUGACCCUGAGCAUGCCACACAGCAGGAUCCAAGCUCUCCUUUUCUCCUAGCAGGAUUGAUAGGGGGAGCUGUGAUUGUUGUCCUUGUUUUCUUGCUGAGCAUAUUUUGCUGGCAUAUGCAUAAAAAAGGACGAUCUGAUUCUUCCAAGUGGAAAUACAACAGAGGACGAAGAAAAGAUGACUACUGCGAAGCAGGUACUAAAAAGGAUAAUUCCAUCCUUGAAAUGACUGAAACAAGCUUUCAGAUAGUCUCUUUAAAUAACGAACAGCUCCUUAAAGGAGAUUUCAGAAUACAGCCCAUAUAUACCCCAAAUGGGAGCAUUGGCUUCAGAGACUGCCACAUAGCAAAUAGUAUCACAUAUUCCAAGGGCAAUGUUCCAGAUGAGGAAUGCUGCCACACAUGACAGAUUUUGGGAAGAA